UUAUCAGAAGCUUUUAUUUAGCGGAAUAUACAUAAGCGGAACCUUUGAAAUGCGCUCUUGUUUGACCCCGGUGCUAGAAUCCUGAACUGUCAACAGAAACAGGCGGAGGAGCAGCCGCGGCAGCUCUUGUUGUAAACUCCCAUUACAGGUCAGAAGAGAAGAGCCGGUAACCCGCAGGAACUGCCACUGCGGUAUCCCUCCUGCAAGGUAGUGAUUAUGCGGCCGGGACGGCGUCUGUAACCCGGCUUUAACACAUCUCAGUUCAGGCUUUAGGGGCACAUUCCUUGGAGUCUGUUUGGUACCGUGUUUCUGGGCCGCGAUGGAGCCCCGAGGAACUUCCGCUGACGUCCUCCUGCAGCGUCCCUGGCUUCCUGUGAGCAUCAGCGGCUGGCGGCUCCUCACUAAGAGCUGGUUUGGGGAAACGGCGUACCACAUCCUGCUGACAGACGUGCACGGUGUGUGGGAGGAGAGGAUGGACUCUGCAGCCCUCCAGAAGAGAGCACAGGAGCUGAACAGACGUUUGCGAGCCCCGGUCAAAGCGUUCUUCUCCCACCUGUGUGAAGUGGUCCAACCCUGCCUGUCAGGAAGUGACGCGCGGCCCGACAGUGAGGCUCAGAUCUCCCUGACGCGGCAGGACGACGGAAACAUCAGCAUCAAGCUGAAGAGUGAGCUCGCAGGGCUGCCCUUCUACUGGGAGUUUCACUGCACCCCCGCCCCCGUCACUGUGGUGUGUGUUCAGCUGGUGCGCCCCCUGCUGGUGAUGAGCCACCUGCUGCAGCAGCAGGUGGAGCAGCUCGGAGGACUGCUGGGCAGGAAGGACGCAGAGAUCCAGGACUACAGAGAGAACGGAGCAACACUCAGCAGAGAGCGGCUGCAGACGGACGUCUUUGAGGAGCAAACCUAUAGAGAGGACUUCAUGUUGAAGACUCUUCCUCUGCUGUGUUCUGAGCAGCCGGACGCUCACGGCUUCGACGCCGACCUCCAACACCUGUACGCAGCUGUCGUCUCCCGCGGGAACACACGGAAACGCAAACUGUCCGAGGAGCGCUCUGCUGAGGAGGACCAACCAGCCGCCGCCGAAGAAGAAGCAGACGUCCCCUCGUCUUUAGGUGGAUCUGUCACCAAUAGCGACACGGGUGACGAGGACGCGCAGGAGGACGCAGCCGGAGCCAAGAUGGCCGACGGACCCGCCGCAGUACAGCAGUCUCUACCGGUCACCUCCAAAACUGCAGAGCGACCGUCCUCCAAACCAAAGAAGAAGAAAGUCGUGGGACUGUUCAGAUGAGCCGAGCAGUAGGGACGCACACUCAGACCACUACUAAGAAAAAGUGCUAUUUUUCCAUUUGAUGAGCAAAGGAAAAUAGUGCUUUUCUUAAAAACAGUUUCUUAUUUUUAAACUUAUUUUGAAAAAGGACACUUUUUAAAAUUUUUAGACACUUAGGCUGGUUUUAAUUAGGAUUUAGAUUUGUUAAUACAAAAGGCUUUUUAGAUUUGAACUCUAAAACUCUUAACAGCUAUAAACUGAACAUGUCAUUUAACUUUUAUUCAAUUUAGUCAAUAAAAUAAUGUUUUCUCUUUGUU